AAAUCUUCUGACUGCAGGACCGUAGUGAGGUCACCUGGUCGCGUCAGAGCGGGAAAUGGAACCCCUGACCUUUGAGGAUGUUGCUGUGAUCUUCACCCUAGAAGAAUGGGGCUGUUUGGAUCCUUCCCAAAAGAAGCUCUACAUGGAAGUGAUGCUGGAAACCUACAGCAACCUGUCCUACAUAGAAGAAAGUGUAAAUAUUGAAGAGGACUUCAGCAAUCCCAGAAGAAAUAUGAGCUGUGAAGUGUUAGAGAGACUGGAUGAACAUAAACAAUGUAUUCAACGUGGAGAAUCCUUUCAACACACUCCAGAGAACAUUGUAAUUAAGGAAACUCUGCUUAGAACAACACCAUGUAAAAGCAAUAUAUAUGAUGCUUAUGGGAAAAACUUCACUGAUGGCAAGGCUCUUCUAAUCCAUGAAAGGAUACACAAUGUAGUGAAGCCUCAUGGAUGGAAACAAGGUGGAAAAGCCUUUACUCCAUCUGGUACCUUUCACAUUCAUGAAACUUCUCACAUUAGUGAUAAACCCUAUGAAUGUAAACAAUGGGGGAAAGCCAACACUCAUUCCAGUAACCUUCAUAUUCAUGAAAGAACUCACACUGGGGAAAAACCCUAUGGAUGUAAGCAAUGUGGGAAAGUGUUUACUCAUGCAUGUUACCUUCGUUAUCACGAAAGAACUCACAGUGGAGAAAAACCCUAUGGAUGUAAGCAAUGUGGGAAAUUCUUCACUCAUGCGUGUUACCUUCGAUAUCAUGAAAGAACUCACAGUGGAGAAAAACCCUAUGGAUGUAAGCAAUGUGGGAAAGUUUUUAUUCGAGCCAGUUACCUUCGAAUUCAUGAAAGAACUCACACUGGAGAGAAACCCUAUGGAUGUAACAAAUGUGGGAAAGUCUUCACUCAUGCGUGCUACCUGCUAUAUCAUGAAAGAACUCACAGUGGAGAAAAACCCUAUGGAUGUAAGCAAUGUGGGAAAGUUUUCGCUCAAGCCAGUUACCUUCAAACUCAUGAAAGAACUCACACUGGAGAGAAACCCUAUGGAUGUAACAAAUGUGGGAAAUUCUUCACUCAUGCGUGUUACCUUCGAUAUCAUGAAAGAACUCACAGUGGAGAAAAACCCUAUGGAUUUAAGCAAUGUGGGAAAGCCUUUAAUCAAGCCAUUCACCUUCAAAUACAUGAAAGAACUCACAGUGGAGAAAAACCGUAUGAAUGUAAGCAAUGUGGGAAAGUUUUCACUCAAGCUACUUACCUUCGAAUUCAUGAAAGAACUCACACUGGACAGAAACCCUAUGGAUGUAAGAAAUGUGGGAAAUUCUUCACUCAUGCAUGUUACCUUCGAUAUCAUGAAAGAACUCACAGUGGAGAAAAACCCUAUGGAUGUAAGCAAUGUGGGAAAGCCUUUAAUCAAGCCAUUCACCUUCAAAUACAUGAAAGAACGCACAGUGGAGAAAAACCCUAUGAAUGUAAGCAAUGUGGGAAAGCCUUCACUAAAGCCAGUAACCUUCAUAUUCAUGAAAGAACUCACAGUGGAAAAAAAGCUUAUGAAUGUAAGCAAUGUGGGAAAGCCUACACUCAUUCCAGUAACCUUCAAAUACAUGAAAGAACUCACACUGGAGAGAAACCUUAUGGAUGUAAGCAGUGUGGGAAAGUCUUUAAUCGAGCCAGUCACCUUCAGAGACAUGAAAGAACUCAUACUGGAGAGAAACCCUAUGAAUGUAAGCAAUGUGGAAAAGCCUAUGCGGAUUCCAAUAACCUUCGUAUUCAUGAAAGAACUCACACUGGAGAAAAACCCUAUGCAUGUAACCAAUGUGGAAAAGCCUAUGCAGAUUCCAGUACCCUUCGUAUUCAUGAAAGAACUCACACUGGAGAAAAACCCUAUGUAUGUAAGCAGUGUGGGAAAGCAUUCACUCAACGUGCUCACCUUCAAGCACAUAGAAGAACUCACACGAAAGUGAAACCUUAUGGAUAUAUGCAAUGUGAGAAAGCCUUCAGUCAUUCCAGUCACCUUUGAUGCCCUGAAAGAACUCACACUGAAGACAAACCUUAUGGGUGUAACCAAUGUGGCAAAAGUGUUCACAUGCUCUACUACCCUUAAAAGACGUAAAGGUACUUACUCUAGAGAGAAAAGCUAUGGAUAUGAGCAAUUUCCAGUGACAUUAGCAAAUGUGAACUCACUCUGCACAGAAACUGUAUGAAUUUAAGGAAUGAGAGACAACCUACCUUCUAUCCAUUAUCCUUCAUACUCAUCAAAAAUGCAAAAAAGAAACCCAGUGGAUUUAAGCAAUGUGGAAAGCUUUCCUUAGUUCUAGUACCCUUCAUGCACCUGAAA